AUGAGCUCCACUUCCACCUCCACCUCCACUGGCACGAAAGCUACCAAGGACUUUUCCGUCGCCAUCAUUGGCGGUGGCAUCGGCGGUCUCACCCUCGCCAUCGGCCUUCACGAGCGUGGUGUUCCCAUCCAUGUAUAUGAGAGCGCUUCCAAGUUCUCCGAGAUCGGUGCAGGAAUAGCAAUAGGUCCCAACUCGCAAGCAGCGUUGGAGCGUUUGGGCUUGUACGAAAGUUUUGUUCAGUUCGCCGACUUUCCUUCUCGCAACCUGUUCUUCCAAUGGCGACUGGCCGAGCCCGAGGAGCAGACGUUGCUGUCCGAGACCAUCUGCAAAAAAUACGGUAUGGCCAGUAUUCAUCGAGCCGAACUGCUGGAUACUUUCAUCAAGAGAGUACCGUCGCACGUUUGCAGUUUCGGCAAACGGCUGCAGAGCUUGCAACAGCCUACCACGGCAGAUGGCAAGGUCAAGAUGACGUUCCACGACGGAUCUACGCACGAAGCCGAUUUGGUGAUCGGAUGCGAUGGGAUUCAUAGCCGUGUUCGAGGCGCGCUCGAUCCCAACACGGCUGGUCCAUCGGCAGUUGCUGGAUCCGACGCACUCGUGUGGAGCGGCACCUGGGCCUAUCGAGGUCUCAUCCCACGACAAGAGUUUGUCGCAGCUCUGGGCAAAGACAAGGGCGAAUUCUACGCCGACACUGCUCAAAUGAUGCUUGCCAAAGACUCGCAUAUCCUCAUCUUCCCUAUCCAAGGCGGCAAAACGGUCAACAUUGUCGCUUUUAAAACCGACCGUACACGAUGGCCAGAACGUACGCCGUUCCGCAAGGGAGAGCCAUGGAUCCAGGAAACCAGCCAGGAGGCGCUACUCGAUGACUUUGCUACCUACAGUUCCGACCUGAUCAAGAUGCUCAAGUGCAUCGAGAAGCCCAACAAGUGGGCACUCCACCAAGUAGUGCCCUCGUUGAGCUCGUACGUCAACGGUCGUGUGAUUGUCUCGGGCGAUGCCGCACACGGCGGAGUUCCUCAUCAGGGAGCCAUGGCAGGUCAGGCGAUCGAAGACGCUCUGUUUCUCUCCAAGCUCCUGUCGCAUCCCAAAGUGAACAACGCCAACUUGACACGUGCGCUUCAGGUGUACGACAAGAUCCGCAUGCCCAGAGGUAACAAGGUGGUCGAAACCAGUCUCGAGGCUGGCGACACGUAUGAGUUCCGCGGUGUCGCCGCCGACGACCCGCACAAGUUGGGCCAGCACCUGGUCGAAAGAUUCGACCACAUCUGGGAUUACGAUUUGGACGCCGAGAACGACCAGAUGAACCAGUGGAUCCAACAGAAUCUCUAG